AUGACGUGCGCUUCAAGGCCGCCGGGCCAAUCUCCGCUCUUGAACCUGCCCUUUGAGCUGCGCUCCCAAAUCUUCGAGUACAUCAUCGAGCGUCGUGUCGUGCACAUUCGAAUGAACUGGUCGGGCAUCUUCUCCCCAACAGGCUUUUCGUACAGCUGCUUCAACGACCUUCAGCCGCUUCUGGAGUCCCCAGCACGUGGUCUGCUUGCGAAGGCGGUGCCAUUCGACACUGACAUCACUCUACUGUCCCGUGUAUGUCGACAAAUGCAUCAGGAUACGUCUUUGCUACCAUUCAAGUUGUGGGUGUGGUCCUUCGAGGAUGCGUUCACUCUUGAUCAAUUCGUCACAGCCAGAGGUCUGGGGUCGAUUGCCGUGCACCACAAAGAAGCCAUACGAAGAGUGGCUGUUACUCCACCUGGCCCGCACCGAUCGCACGAGAAGGUUUUGCAGAGCUUACAGGAGGUAUUGCUCAUCAGUCCGAGCAUACCCCUUGUUAAGGCCGAUGGUGUCGAGGAUACUCCUCCAGCAUCUCGCCGAGUUAUAAUCCGUUUGAGAUUAGACACUUUGACCGAUACAUGGCUACGCAGCGAUUGA